GAGGAAGGAGGACGUAAGUGGGAGGGGGCGGAGGCGUCCGAGGGGAGAGACACGUACGGCUCGCAAAGGAGCGGCAGCAGCUGUCGUCGCCGAGGCAAGAGGAUCCUCCGCGGGAGAUUGUGUAUUUUGACACCAAGAGUUGCAUCAGUCUACCAGCUAGCACAAUGGAUGUCUUCAACAGAAACAUAAAUAUUGAUGCCCUCUUCAAAUUCUCCCACAUCUCUGCAUCAACCCAGCAGCACCUGAAGAAGGUCUAUGCUAGCUUUGCGCUAUGCAUGUUCCUAGCAGCGGCCGGUGCCUACAUCAACGUGGUAACUCAGCUGGUGCAGUUUGGAAUGUUGACUGGCCUGGGAGCACUGGGCCUUAUGAUCUGGCUGAUGGCUACACCCCACAACCAGGGAACUGAACAGAAACGGCUGAGCAUGCUGGCAGGCUUUGCCUUCCUCACUGGAGUCAACCUAGGACCUCUGCUGGAGAUGUGUAUCGCCAUCAACCCAAGCAUCAUCCCAACAGCUUUCAUGGGGACAGCAGUGAUCUUCAGCUGCUUUUCGCUGAGCGCCCUCUAUGCCAAGCGCCGUGCCUACCUGUACCUAGGAGGUGUCCUGUUCUCCGGCCUGUUCCUGAUGCUGUUCUUCUCCCUGAUCAACAUUUUUGUGGGCUCGACUUGGCUCUUCACAGCUAACCUCUACAUUGGGCUUAUGGUGAUGUGUGGCUUUGUGUUAUUCGACACUCAGCUCAUCAUUGAGAAGGCCGAGAAUGGAGAUAAGGACUACAUCUGGCAUUGUGUGGAUCUCUUCUUGGAUUUUGUCAACAUUUUCCGGGAGCUUAUGGUCAUCUUGGGCAUGAGCGAGAACAAGAAGAAGAAAGAGAAGUGAAGGGACAGCGGGUGCCUGUGUGAGGCUUCCUUUCUCUUGCCCUUCCCCCCUUUUGUCUCUUGUUUCCUCCCAAUCUGACCUGCAUUAAAGGUGUCCCUCUGUUUGUUCCGUGUGAAUGAGAAGCAUCUGUGACACUUUCAUACUUUGUGGAAAUUGGGUGGUUGUUGGGGUUUUUUCUCGAGGUUUUGGAGCCUUUUGAAAAAGCUGACUGGCUGAUCCUAAUCCUGGAGUCUGGCUUUGCUCCACUUCUGUACAUAACGUACACAAACACCCAAAAGCUUCCCCCGCCCCGCCCCCAAUCCACCAGGCCCUACCAUUAGUCAGGCCUAUUAUAUUGGCAGUGAUCCCACAAGUUUUCUAACUUGGUAGCCCAAGCUCCCUCCUCCUCUUCACUGACCUUUCUUCCACCAUAACUGGCACACGCCUUGAUGCUCUGGGAGCAUUUCUGCUGUCAUUUAAAAUUCUUGAAUUACGGUGCCCACACUUGCCGGAGAACAAACUGAACCGGUUUGCGCGGCUCUUCCCAGAGACGUUGCUCCCCACAAGGGUGUGUUAGGAUGCAAAGCAAACUCUAACUCUCCUUUUGUUGUGGCAGCCAGGACCCAGCGCUUAACUGAUCCAGCUUCUUCUCUCACUCCCCGCCCUAAAUCCCAUUUAGUUCUGCUGCUGGGUAGCAAAGACUAGCUGAUUUGUGUAAGCAAGAAAUCCUAGCCUGGAACUCCCAUCCUUUGGGUUUUUAGCAACAGCCAACACAGUCUUUUUGAGCUAGGUGAUUGCAGUCAUUUCCUUUGCCUUUGCAUCCCAAAGUGUGUGGGUUUUGCUGAGCAGGAAAAGCCACUUGCUCUAGUUUGCUUGCUGGAAUUGGUGGGGGACAGAGCAGCCAAGGUCAGCUACGCCUAAGAAAAGGAAGCGGCAUCAAGUGCUUGGAGCUGUCUAUUUCCUUUGAGCAUCUGGGCACAAGGCCCUGCAGGUCAAAAGUCUGGAGGAGGGGCCACAGUGGACUGCUAUGCAAUGGUGGGGGAGGUCAGUUUGGUAAUCGUGCUGCCCCUGCAUGCUGGGACAGGGUGGCAUCCGUGCACUUAACAUUGGAGCUUACAAGCUCAUUAAGGAGCCUUUUUAAAAAGCUUCCCCUCCAGUAAAUGAGAUAAUGUUUAUCUUGCCCUUUUGGCACCUGAAGCCAGACUCCAACUCUGCUUGCUUUGGAUAAAGGAUUCCCCUUCCCUUCCCUUCCCUCUCCACCUCCCCCUUCUUUUCUGGAACCAGUGCCAAGAACUAAACUUCAGCAGAUCUACUUUAUAGAGACCUUGUCUAACAGGUUUUAAUAUAGUAAUGACUAAACUCUGUUGCUCAUUGGAAGGCCGGCUCUGGCUGCAUUCUUUCGACUCCUACUGUGAAGAGACAGGGUUUUUAAAGAAAUAAACAAAGGUGUUUUGAUUCAACUAUGAAAUUUACAUUGUCUUGCUUUGUACGGGAAAUAUAUUAAAAUAAAAAUCCUCAAACUUUAA